AUGGAUCUAAUAAACAUUAAUUUUGAUGGAAAAACCUAUGUAAAUUGGAGAAGAGGUAUGUUAAUCUCUCUUUUUGCUAAAAACAAAUUAGGUUUUAUAAAUGGAUCAUGUGAGAAACCGGAAGAGGAAACACCUUUGAUUGAUCAAUGGAGGAGAUAUAUUGAUAUGUUGUUGGCCUGGCUUCUGUAUUCUCUUAGAAGAGAGGUAGCAAAAAGUGUGAUUUACUCUCAAACAACUGAGGAUCUUCGGAAAGAGUUAGAGAAACGAUAUGGGCAAACGGAUGGUGCCAAGAUUUUCCAGUUGCAGAGAGAAUUGAAAAACAUAUAUCAAGGGACCAACCAUGUUAUUAGCUACUUCAACAGACUGAAGAAGAUUUGGGAUCAAACAAAGGUAACUAAUACCUUAAUGAUAUGCAGCUGUGAUUGUAAUUGUGGUGCAAAAACACACAAUGUGAAGAUGAAUGAAGAUCAACAGUUAAUCCAGUUCAUUAUUGGACUAAAUGAAAAAUUGGAGGCAUAA